CCGGACCUGGCGGGCAGAUAGGCCCGCAUUUCGGUGCACAUGUCUUUUGUCUCGUACAGCGGCGCGGCGCGUGUAUAAAUCUAGCCCAUUGGUCCCCGUCCCAUAACACCUUCCUCUCUCUCGUUUUCUCUUUGUCGAAACGCGAUGGCUUUCACCAAAGCUCUGGCCCUGCUCGCCGCGUUCGCGGUCGUGGCUGCCGCCAGGAACGAGAAAGUGCUGCACGAGAAGAGAUCGGCUGUCCCAUCGGGCUUCGUCUGCGAAGGGCCCGCCCCUGCUACACACGAACUGCAACUCCGAUUCGGGCUGGCGCCGCAGAACGCCGCGGGUCUCCAGGCCAAGCUGCUGGAGCUCUCGACGCCAGGGAACGCAAACUACCACCAGUGGCUGUCGAAGGAGGAGGUGAAAACGUUCAUGGGGCCCUCGGAAGCCACUGUUCAGGCCUUCAACGCGUUCGCGGCGGCGCAUGGACUGAACACGACCGGCGUGUCCCCCAACGGCGACUGGAUCUCGGCCACCGUGCCCGUCGCGCAGGCCAACGAUCUGUUCGACGCCGACUACCAGCUGUUCUCGCACGCGCAGCUCGAAAGCCAGAUCGCGCGCACGAUGUCGGUGUCCCUCCCGCGCGAGAUCGUCGGCGUCGUGAACGUGAUCCAUCCGUCCACGACGUUCGACCAGCCCCCGUCCAAGCCCGCGUCGCCGCCGUUCAUCCAGGCGAAUGAGAAAGUGCACAAGAGCAAAGCGCAUGUUCCGGCGUCGUGCGACACGAACGACCCACACGCCAUCAUGACGCCUGCGUGUCUGCAGCAGAUAUACGGGAUCCCGACGAAACGGGCUCAAGCGGGGAAUAACUCGCUGUUGGCGACGGGAUACCUCUUCCAGUGGGCCCAGGAAGUUGACUUGAAGUUGUUCCUGGAACAGCUCCGACCGGAUAUCCCGUCGACGACGACAUUUAACCUGCAGAACAUCAAUGGGGGAUCAAAUCCGCAGGGCGCCGGCUGGGCGGGAGAGGAAGCCAACUUGGACAUGCAGUACACCGUUGGACUUGCCACCGGGGUGCCUGUGACAUUCCUCUCUGUCGGAGAAUUUGACUUUUUGACUGCUCUGCUCGACACCACAACGUAUCUCCAGGGCGUCAGCAAUCCGCCAACAGUGAUGACGACAUCGUAUGGCAUGACCGAAUCAGUCAUUGACAUUACUGUAGUCGACGCUCUUUGCAAUGCUUACAUGUCCCUUGGUGCCCGGGGUAUCUCGGUCUUAUUUGCUUCUGGAGAUGGUGGAGUGCAUAAUAACCACGACAGCCUGGACGACUGCGACAUGCCCGAUCUGGCUCCGGUCUUCCCCGCGACUUGUCCAUUCAUAACCUCCGUAGGGGGGACCAUCGGGUUCCCCGAGACGGCCGUCAACUUCACGGGCGGAGGAUUCUCCACGAUGUUCCCGGCGCCAGCAUACCAGCAAAAGCAGGUCGCCUCCUUCCUCAAGACCGUCCCGGCCAACUUCAGCGCGUCGUUCAAUCGCACCGGCCGCGGGUACCCGGACGUCGCCCUCCAGGCCGUGAACUUCCAGAUCGGCAUCGAGGGGGCCUUGGCGCUGAGCGGCGGGACGAGCGCGUCGUCGCCCACAUUCGCGAGCAUGAUUGCGCUCAUCAAUGACCGCCUGAUCGCUGCGGGAAAGCCCGUGCUCGGGUUCCUGAAUCCGUUCCUGUAUGCCAACUCCGGUGCAUUCAAUGAUAUCACUGUCGGGCACAACUCGGGCUCCGUCUGCCCUGCCUCGUCGGUCGGUUUCGAUGCCACGACUGGCUGGGACCCGUUGAGUGGGAUGGGCACGCCCAAUUUCAAGCGCCUGCUCGCUGCAGCAUUGGCCGCUUGAACUGUGUCCUGCCGCGGAACGAUCCGACUUUCUGAUCAAACCUAGCCAUGGUCGGAGGGCUACGCUACUCACUUCUAAUUUCGAUAUGACUGCAUCGGUUCGAUGAAUAAUAUUCAGAGACUGGCUUCUAGGGUAAAUGAAUGUGACUGUACAAU